AUGAACGGUUCUUUCUCAUGCAUGUCCUUUGAGGCUGUUUCCUCAGUCCCGGCACGUUUCUCCUUUUCUCAGCUACUACUCAUUCUCUGUUAUGCUCUCCUACAGUCGACUUUGCCCGUCCAACUUGGGGAUCACCGGCCGAUUCAGGAUAUCCUUCGCCGUAGGGACAGGGACUGGGAGCCGCGUAUUGGCUCUGAAGGGGUUCUAGAACUGCAACAGCAAGACUGGCAUCGAACCAAACCGGAGACUCGUCGAAUAUGGCACGAAAUUCGUGAAUGGCUUGCUCAGAAGGAUCCCGUUGUUCUUACAGUGUCUGCUGAGCACGUGCGCAAUGAGCUUGGUUUUCUUCUUCAUCGAAUCGAGCAGAUUUCUGCACAGUGCCUGAAUACUCUCCAUAGACCAGGGCCACGUUUGCAUUCAUCAGACACCUUUUUUGGGAGCAAAGUGAGGCUCAUUCUUAUUGGGUUUAGUCUGGCAGUGACACCGAUGACAUGCAGCAACAUACCUCUCACGUCUACGUUAUGGGAUCCAGAUCAGAAUACCCUGAGUGUGAUGCUCUCUCAAUUGAACGAAUCAUCCCUAUUUCCAAACAGAAUCUCUCGUCAUGAUUUGCUAUCCGCCCUCAAUUCUUUGGAAAUGAUUUUUGUUAGCGAACAAGCCAAUUCAUCAAGUAAGAUCGAAGUGGUGAGAUAUGAGACAAUUGAAUGGAGUCACGGGAAUUUCGAACUUCAGGACAGGCGUCGGAAAGAUGAUCUUGAAAUAGAGCAGUGCAAAGAGACUAUGAAAUACAGGGGCCCAGCAUCUCCAAAGCGACGGAAGUACGGGUUUCUAGAGCCAAUGGAGGUAGGCGAGGUCAAGCGUCGACGAGUUUAUAAGUAA